CUCUGUCCUACAUUAAAGCAUGCCACACUUCCUAACUGGGUUUCAGUCACUCAGCCUCCCACUUCACACUUCUCUUCUCUGAAGCUAACUCAGACACCGCCACCAUGUCAAAGAAGAUGGUCAUUCAGCAGCCCAAUCACUUUGUUCAGGCCGUCACAUCAAACCAAUGGAGCUCCGAAAUCUGUGACUGCACCCAGGAUAUGUCUUCGUGUUGCUUUGCGUUCUGGUGCUUCCCCUGUUUUACCUGUAUAACAGCGAGAGAGGCUGGGGAGUGUCUGUGUCUGCCUCUGCUAGACGGUUUCGGCUACAUCCCCCCAGCCACCAUGUCCAUGAGGGUGGGCAUGCGCCAGCGCUACGGCAUCGAGGGCACCAUGUGUAAUGACUGUGUCUAUUCCUUCUUCUGCCUGCCCUGCACCUGGUGUCAAAUGUCACGAGAGAUGAAGACCCGCCUCCAACCCAUCACUCUCAUCAAUGCACACACAAGAUAAGGAAAGACCUCGCUCUUUCUCAUACUCCUCUUCAUCAUCACUGUCGCGUAGAGUAGGUCAGAAGGCAAACUGAAAAACCUCACCUCUAUCAAAUAAAAGGAUGGUGGACCAGCAAAAGUACUUCUGUGCAAGGGUGUUUAUUUACAUAAUGAAUCUGGAAGAAAAACAACGGUACUGCCAUCAAAAGUAUAAGACAGUUUAAAAAAAAAAAUUAAAAAAAAGAGGAGGAAAAAAUUAUAAUUAAUUAAAAAUAUAUUGGUGCCCCAUCAACAGCUCCAUCCAACAUGCCCCCCUCCCCUUUAAACUGAACAGGCACUACAAAGCCAGUCCUAUUGCCAUAGCUCUGGUCUUUAUCCCAGCAUAACAGGAAGCUACAGAGACGGAGAGAGGAAUAGAAGCAAACAAACAGCGCGCUCAUUCAUAACAUUGAUAAGUACAAUAAACGUUGCUUAACAUGAA